CAGUAAAAUCAGUGUUAAAAACAAUCCCACCAAUAAGCACAUUUUCUCGGCCAACUCUCAUUUUCUUGCACUUUCUCCCCUUCCAAACAAAUAGCGAGAAAGUAGAGAGAGAAAGCAGAGCCUAGAGAGACAAAUUGUAAUCAUUUACUACAAACAAACAAAGUCCAAGCAUAAAUAGGUCAAGUCGAUUUGUUAUCGAGUUCCGUCAUUUUACACCCUAACUUUCUCAAACACUCCGCCACUGAUUUUCUCAGCUCGAUCCCCAAAGUCCCUAUUGAUGAUCGGUUGGUCCUUCCCGUUUAUAUUCAUAUGCUUAUACUUACAUGCUACAUGUAUCCAUACGCAGAAAUGUGUUUGACUUAAAGCCAAAGUGAGAACGUGAAAUGGAUUGUAGAGUGUAUACAAAGAUUUGUGCACAUUAGAAUAUUGUUCCACAAAGGUUGAGAGAUAUGGAUAUUUCUUGUAGUUUUCGGCAGCCAAACGUGUUUCAUGGCUGUGAGGGCACAAGUUACAAGAGUUUGGAUCGUUUUGAGUCGCAUUUGCAGUUUAACAGUAGCCGUUUUUGCUGUAACUUGCUGGGUAAUUCAAGAUUUGUAUUGAAACCGCAUUUGAGUAAGAAGACGAAAAGAAUGAUUUCUUCUAGAGGUUACAAGAGUACGAUUAUGGUUGACACAGGAGAAUUUGAUAGUCAAUUGUGGAGUUCAAAUUUAAGACCAUCUUUGUAUUGUAAUUUUGACAAUGUUUUUAAAUGUUCAAGAGCAGUUCGGUCGUGGUGUCAGAGUAAUGAUUCAUUAGCAUAUGUAAAUGGGAAUGGUAGAAAUGUAGAAUUCGUGAAAAGUAGUGAUGAGGGCUCAGGAGUUGAUAGUGGUGAGUUAAAUGAUUCCAAAGAGGAGGGGCAGGAGGAAGAAGUGGAAGUACCUAGUGUUGAUGAACUGAGGGAAUUUUUACAAAAGGCAAUAAGAGAAUUGGAAGUUGCACGGCUUAAUAGUACCAUGUUCGAGGAAAAGGCCCAGAGAAUAUCAGAAGCUGCAAUAGCCUUACAGGACGAAGUGGCAAAUGCUUGGAAUGAUGUUAAUUCUUCCCUUGAUGCCAUUCAAGAGAUUGUGAAUGAAGAGUCUGUUGCCAAGGAAGCUGUUCAAAAAGCGACAAUGGCUCUUUCAUUAGCUGAGGCAAGGCUUCAGGUGGCAGUAGAAUCUUUGGAGGCUGCAAAAGGAGGGAAUGAUUCUUUGGCAGGUUCUAGAGAGAAUGAUGGGGAAAAUAAUAUUGGUGAAGAGGAAAAAGUGCUUUUAGUUGCUCAGGAAGAGAUUAAGAAAUGUGAGGAGAAUUGGACAAAUUGUGAGGCAGAGUUGAGAUGCCUGCAGAGUAAAAAGGAGGAGUUGCAGAAGGAAGUGGACAGAUUGAACGAAGUUGCAGAGAAAGCACAGCUGAAUGCCUUGAAAGCCGAGGAGGAUGUGGCGAACAUAAUGCUUUUAGCAGAGCAAGCUGUUGGCUUUGAACUUGAUGCCACUCAACGUGUGAAUGAUGCAGAGAUUGCAUUACAGAGGGCAGAGAAAUCUCUAUCCAGUUCUCAUCUUGAUCAUCCAGAAGUUAUCCAAGGACAGGCCCUGAUUGAUGAGGCUGUAGUUGAGGAGGAUAACAUGGUCCAAGGUGUUUCUGAUGAUGCUCCUGUUGAAAGGGACAGUGAUGUGCCAGUUGAUGGGGACUCUUUAGGUACCAAGCCUUUACCAGAUAGCCUGUUGGGUAAAAGCAGUCAGAGUUCUGAAUAUUUGAAUCAAUCUGGUGAUUUGAGUGAUCAUGAGAAUGGAAAGUUAAGUUUAGAAUCACCUAAAGAAGCUGAAUUAGAAGCAGAAAAAUCAAAGAAUUUGGUUCAAACAAGAAGGCAGGAUAUGCAGAAGGAUUUGACUAAGGAGACUUCACCCUUUAAUUCUCCCAAGGCAUUGUCGAAGAAAUCUUCUCGCUUCUUUUCUGCUUCAUUUUUCUCUUUUACUGUAGAUGGGACACCAGCAUCAGUUUUCCAGGGUCUCAUGGAGUCUGCAAGGAAGCAAUUGCCCACGCUAGUUGUUGGAUUGUUGCUAUUUGGAGCAGGGGUAACCUUGUAUGCUAAUCGAGCAGAGAGGAAUGCUCAGCUACUGCAGCCUCCAGAUGUCAUCAGCACUAGUAUUGAAGAAGUUUCCUCAAGUGCUAAGCCUCUAGUUCGACAAUUACAGAAACUACCUAAGAGAGUUAAAAAACUAAUUGCAAUGCUUCCUCAUCAAGAGGUGAAUGAGGAGGAAGCUUCCCUCUUCGACAUGUUGUGGUUAUUGCUUGCUAGUGUUAUAUUUGUGCCUAUAUUUCAGAAAAUUCCUGGAGGAAGUCCUGUUCUUGGUUACUUGGCUGCUGGCAUCUUGAUCGGGCCCUAUGGGCUCUCCAUUAUUCGUCAUGUGCAUGGGACAAAGGCAAUUGCUGAAUUUGGGGUUGUUUUCUUAUUGUUCAAUAUCGGCCUUGAGCUCUCUGUUGAAAGGCUAAGUUCCAUGAAGAAAUAUGUGUUCGGGUUAGGCUCUGCCCAGGUUUUGGUGACAGCAGUGGUGGUUGGCUUGGUUGCUCAUUUUGUUUGUGGGCUGCCUGGUCCUGCUGCAAUUGUUGUUGGGAAUGGCCUGGCAUUAUCAUCCACUGCUGUUGUCCUGCAGGUGUUGCAGGAGCGAGGUGAGAGCACGUCACGCCAUGGACGUGCUACAUUUUCUGUCUUGCUUUUCCAGGAUUUGGCUGUUGUCGUUUUGCUGAUACUCAUCCCUCUUAUUUCACCUAAUUCAUCUAAAGGAGGGGUUGGUUUCCAAGCGAUUGCUGAAGCUCUUGGACUGGCUGCUGUUAAGGCAGCAGUUGCCAUCACUGCCAUAAUUGCUGGUGGUCGCUUGUUGCUUCGACCAAUCUAUAAGCAAAUUGCGGAAAAUCAAAAUGCAGAAAUAUUCUCUGCCAAUACACUCCUUGUUAUUCUGGGGACUAGUCUCCUUACAGCCAGGGCUGGACUUUCCAUGGCAUUGGGAGCAUUUUUGGCUGGAUUGCUCCUUGCAGAAACUGAAUUUUCCUUACAGGUUGAGUCAGAUAUUGCUCCGUAUCGUGGCCUUUUAUUGGGUCUGUUCUUCAUGACGGUUGGCAUGUCUAUCGAUCCAAAACUUCUUGUUUCAAACUUUCCAGUGAUCAGUGGGUCAUUGGCACUCUUGAUUGGUGGCAAGACUUUAUUGGUUGCACUAGUUGGUAGGCUUUUUGGUAUUUCAAUCAUAUCUGCAAUAAGAGUUGGUCUUCUUCUUGCUCCGGGUGGAGAAUUUGCAUUUGUGGCUUUUGGUGAAGCUGUUAAUCAGGGUAUAAUGUCUUCUCAGCUGUCAUCUUUGCUGUUUCUUGUGGUGGGAAUUUCGAUGGCCAUCACACCUUGGCUAGCUGCUGGAGGCCAGCUAAUUGCCUCUCGUUUUGAGCAGCAUGAUGUUCGAAGUUUAUUACCUGCUGAGAGUGAGACAGAUGAUUUGCAAGAUCACAUAAUCAUUUGUGGAUUUGGACGAGUUGGCCAGAUCAUUGCUCAGCUUCUUUCAGAGCGACUGAUUCCUUUUGUUGCUCUUGAUGUGAGGAGUGAUAGAGUGGCAGUUGGACGUGCCCUGGACCUUCCUGUGUAUUUUGGAGAUGCUGGCAGUCGAGAGGUCCUUCACAAAGUUGGUGCUGAAAGAGCAUGUGCAGCGGCAAUAGCCCUUGAUACCCCUGGUGCAAAUUAUAGAACCGUUUGGGCUCUGAGCAAGUAUUUCCCCAACGUGAAGACCUUUGUCCGUGCUCAUGAUGUUGAUCAUGGCCUAAAUUUGGAAAAGGCAGGGGCUACAGCAGUCGUCCCAGAGACGUUGGAACCAAGUCUACAGUUAGCAGCUGCUGUUCUUGCUCAGGCAAAACUGCCGAUGUCAGAAAUUGCAGCGACCAUCAACGAAUUCAGGUCACGACAUCUGUCAGAGCUGACUGAGCUAUGUCAAACAAGCGGAAGUUCUCUUGGUUAUGGAUUUUCUCGGGUCGCUAAACCCAAAAUCCAAUCCUUGGAUCUUUCAGACGAGAACCAAGUCAGUGAAGGUACGCUGGCAAUAUAAAAUCAAAGUGAAAAAAGACAAAAGACAACAUGAAGAACUUUGUGGUGGAAUACAUAUUUUGUUGGUAUAACUUGUACAGAUACUGGAAAAAAAAAAAAAAAUAGCAAAAACUAGAGGCAAUCACAUGGACACGUACUUUGCAUUGAUCAUUGAUCAUUCCUCCAUUUUUAUUUUAUUUUUUUUGUUUGUUUGCACAUGUUGGAUAAAUUUUGCCCAACCGUGUUAGUGAAGUUGUCGUUUUAAACGGACAGCUUUACCUUUAUAGUUGUUUCCGAUGAUGUUGUUCGCUUCUAUAUGAUCA